CUGACGGGCUCCUCUCACUUUGAACCGGUGUCAAACAAACAACAACAACAAUACUCUCCGGUCCCCGGCGAGGAGGACACACGCCGGCGAGUGAAACCAAAACAAACCGAGGAGACGGAGGCACUAACUUCUCUUCUUCUUCUUCUUCGUCUUCUUCGUCCCGUUGGACUCCCCAGAAGGUCGCGGUCCUCCCGGGACUCUGGAGCCCGCGAGCGGCUAACUGAGGCUAACCUUUGACAUCUUUUAUUUUUGCUUUUUUCACGGGGCAGUUUUCUUUUCUUUUCUUACUGCGGGGGGAACUCCCUCUCUCUCUCCCUCCCUCCCCUCCCCUCCUCUCCCCCCUCGGAGGUGUCCGUAGUCACCCCGGGGUGUUGGAGGUAUGACUGCGUUGGCGGGGUCGAUACCCAUGAUGAUGCGACCCACGCUGGCUCAGAACUACCCCCGCAGUGGCUUCCCCCUGGAAGUGUCCACCCCGUUGGGUCAAGGCCGCGUGAACCAGCUCGGGGGAGUCUUCAUCAACGGCAGACCCCUGCCCAACCACAUCCGACAUAAGAUCGUGGAGAUGGCGCACCACGGCAUCAGGCCGUGCGUCAUCUCCCGGCAGCUGCGGGUCUCCCACGGCUGCGUGUCCAAGAUCCUGUGCCGGUACCAGGAGACGGGCUCCAUCAGACCCGGGGCCAUCGGGGGCAGCAAGCCCAAGCAGGGAACAAUGCCGGACAUAGAGAAGAGAAUAGAAGAAUACAAGCGGGAACAUCCGGGUAUGUUUAGCUGGGAGAUUCGGGAUAAAUUACUGAAGGAUGGGAUAUGUGACCGCAACUCCGUCCCUUCAGUAAGCUCCAUCAGUCGCACCAUGAGGAGUAAGUUCGGGGGCCGAGGCGACGAAGAGGAGGACGAAGAGGAGCUGGAGAGGAAGGAGUCGGAGGAGAACGACCGCAGGGCGAAGCACAGCAUCGAGGGCAUCCUGGGGGACAGAUCGAGUCACUCCGACGAGGGCUCGGACGUGGAGUCGGAGCCCGACCUGCCGCUGAAGAGGAAGCAGCGGCGCAGUCGCACCACCUUCACGGCGGAGCAGCUGGAGGAGCUGGAGCGGGCCUUCGAGAGGACCCACUACCCCGACAUCUACACCCGCGAGGAGCUGGCCCAGAGGGCCAAGCUCACCGAGGCCCGGGUCCAGGUUUGGUUCAGCAACAGGCGGGCGCGGUGGAGGAAGCAGGCGGGCGCCAGUCAACUGAUGGCGUUCAACCACCUGAUCCCGGGGGGGUUCCCCCCCUCCGCCAUGUCCGGCAUCGCCCCCUACCAGCUGUCCGACAGCCCCUACCCCUCCUCCAUCGCUCAAGUGUCGGAGGCCCCCAGCACGUUGCAUCGGCCCCAGCCCCUCCCUCCCUCCUCGGGCCACCAGGCCGGCGGCGGCGGGCAGGUGGAAGGAGGCUCCGCCUACUGCCUCGCCUCCGGACGCCACUCCUUCUCGGGCUACUCAGACGGCUUCGUGGGCGCCGGGGGGGCGGCCAACGCCAUGAACCCCGCCCUGGGGAACGGACUCUCCCCUCAGGUGAUGGGCCUGCUGAACCCGGGCGGCGUGCCCCACCAGCCCCAGAGCGACUACGCCCUCUCCCCGCUGACGGGCGGCCUGGAGCCCCCCGCCGGCUGCAGCCAGCGCCUGGACCACCUGAAGGGGCUGGAGGGGCUGGGCAGCGUGCCCUCCAUGGCCGCCCUGCCCUCGCUGCCCGGCUCGCAGUCCUACUGCCCCGCCUCCUACAGCUCGCCGGGCUACACCGUGGACCACGUGGCGUCGUACCAGUACGGCCAGUACGGACAAAGUAAGGUGCCAUUUCUUAUCUGAGGCCGGAGAUCACCUGACCUGACGGACAGCGAGAGGAAACCGCCUUUUUUAUUUGUAUUUUUUUAAUGAUAUAUAUCUGGACCAAAUUUUUUAUUUUUCUACCGUUUCCAGGGACACAUUCUCUCUCUCUCUCGUGUUUAUUUUGUUUUAUUUUGUAUUAUUAUUGUUAUUAUUAUUAUUGUUAUUAUUAUUAUUAUUCAUUUUUGAUGGAGAAAUGGACAAAAAGAGAAGAAGGAGAAGAAGGGACCACAAGGAGGAAUAUCAGACCAAAAAAUUGUUGAGAGGAGGUCGGACCAGCAAAGCUCCGCCCCCAUCGAGGCACCUCCCACAAAAAGGUCGCUUUAGUGGGGGGGGGGGGAAGCUUUGUUUAUUUGUUUUUAUUUGUGUUUUUAUUUGUGCAUUUAUUGUAGAUCUCUGCGUCCCACGCAUGGGGAGAAAUUCCAGAAACUCUUAAUGUACACCACAGCUGUCCUGAAGCGAAGUCCAUUCAAACAUUCCUACGACCCCCCCCCCCUUUCUCCCUCUCUCUUUCCAUCUCAUUGAUGUUCCUGGACGGUGAGGCGGGCAGGACCCCGGCGGCCUUUUGUAGUUUCAAGAGAGGG